CGCAGAUGAUUUAAUUAGCCAAAUUACCAAGGUGAAGAGGAGAAAGAUACCUUCCGUAUAAGUCUCAAGUGCCGGGAGCCGGAAAGAAAGACCAGCACCGUCACCCUCUUUGAUCCCGUUAUUCUCUGAGGCAAAACGUCGAACACCUAGCAGCCUUGCGACUUGUUUGAGAAUCGUAGCGAAGAAUUGCGGAGCAACGAUGAUUCUACCAGUUAUGAAGCUGGGUACUCUUUUGCUCAGGUCGAUCAGCAAGCCCAUAGCAGGUCGCCUCAAAGGCCAAGCUGAAGCUCACCCCAAGUUCCGCCAGUUCAUAAUCAACAUGGCCCAGGCAAAUCAUCGGUUCACAACCAACAUUCAGAGGCGGAUAUACGGGCAUGCUACUGAUGUUGCGAUACGUCCUCUCAACGAGCAGAAAGCUAUCCAAGCCGCAGCUGAUCUUCUCGGCGAACUCUUUGUGUUCUCGGUCGCUGGAGCAGCUAUUAUCUUUGAAGUGCAAAGAAGUGCAAGAUCAGAAGCAAGAAAGGAGGAAGCCCAAAAACUCAAGCUAGAGGAGAUGAAGCAAAGGGACGAAGAUCUAGCCAGGGAAGUUGAGUUUCUCAAACGCAGGCAUCAAGAGUUGGAACAACUUGUCAAAGGACAAGGACUUUCUGGUCUUUACAGUUUCAAGAACAGUCAAUCCCCAAAAGAACAAGGGAAGCCAGCCAAUGAUGGUAACUGACCUGAAAGCAACUUCUGCGUCUGUGCUUAGGCUUGAUAGUUCCACAGAAGAAUCAGAACAUCCUGAGGACCGGAGCACGUUAUCUUAACAUCUCCAGCCAUUGGAGUACUUGAAAUGCUAACUGUCAAAUCUAUCAGUAAGUAGAACCCUAGCCAUUUUCUUAUAGUCUAAUGUCAAUAUAUCAGAUCGUUAUCCUGUGUUGGGAAGUUUCACUGUCCAAUUGUCAACCCAUGGGGAAAUCAAUUGUCGAGUUGCCCAUUUUGUGACUGCUUCGGCUAGAACUGUUAUGCAUGUGUAUAAUCAUAUUUGGUCUCUUACAUCUUAAAUGAGUUUAGAUUUGAUGGUUGAUGG